AUGCGCGCAUCAGCUGCUCCCCUGUCGCAGCAGUUGAUGUGUUUGCGGAUGAAUAGCACGAAAGGGCCGAACAAGGCAGAUGAUACAUCCGCACAGAAGAAGCUCGAUGAGUUGGCCGACUUUCUCGAGAGCCAGCCGCAGGAAAAGACACGGCCUAUGCGCGCGCCGCGCGCCAAGUUGGACCAGUCACAACCUGAGUCGUUCCGCGGACCGACGAAGACGCUGAAUCCGGACAAUAUGCGUUCACAACCACGUCGGAAGGCUCUGCCUCUGCUUGGCCCCUCGAAGCGCGAGGCUAUGAAGACGGAUCCUUUUCAUAUUCUGGCGAUCAACCCGUCCAAGCCGUCGCUGGCGGACGACUCGUACAAAAACGGCGCCAUCUUGUCGAACUUUGUGUCGGAGAUGGGCAAAAUCCUGCCCCGCAAUGUGACGGGACUCACCCGUAAAAGCCAGCGCUACGUGGGUAAGGCGAUCCGCCGAGCACGCGCGAUGGGCAUCCUGCCCGUACUUAGUCGGGGGCAGGGUCGUGGCGGCGCUGGCUGGAGAUAG